AUGCACGCCGCCGCCGUGCUAGCACUGCUUGUCCUCCUGCCUCUGCUCGCCGCCGCGCUGGACGCUGACUGCGCGCCGGCGUCGUGCGGGAACCUGUCCAUCAGGUACCCGUUCUGGCUGAGCGGCCGGCAGCCAUCCUACUGCGGCUACCCGUCCUUCGGCGUCGCGUGCGACCGGACCGGCGCGCCGCCGCUCCUGAACGAGUCCUACCUCCGCGUGCUCGACAUCAACUACAGCAACAGCAACGUCGUGACCUUCCACACGAACCUCGCCGGCGACCCCACCGGCUGCCGGGGCGCCACCAAGUUCAACGUGUCCGCCAUCCUCGCGCUGUCGCUGCUCACCAUCAGCCGCGCCAACCGGGAGCUCUUCCUCUGCGGCAACUGCUCGCGGCGGCCUCCCGCGGAGUGGCUUCCGAUGAACUGCGCGGGCUCCGCCGGCGCCCCGUGGUUCGUGUACAUGAGCCACGAGCCCGGGGAGGCUGAUCAGGAGAUUUCGUCGGCGGGGUGCCACUGCACGGCGAUGCCGGUGAUGCCGGGGUCGGAGCUGAGGGCGCCGGGAGACUACGCGGGGCUCGUCAGGCGCGGGUUCCUCCUGGAGUGGAAGGUGCCCGGGGAUUGUGCGGCGUGCGACGCGAGCGGAGGGGAGUGCCGGUUCGACGCCGACAAGAAUGCGUUCAGGUGCCUCUGCCCCGACGGCAGCAGACGGCCGGCGACGUGCGCGCGCGGUGAGUUACUGAUCCCACGAUUCCGUACGAACCCUAUAUUCUUUUAA